UGAUUUUCGUUGGAAUUAGAUUUUGGCUUCUUGGUGUUUUAUUUACUCUUCUCUUUGGUUAUGUUGUUCAUGUUAGUCUUUUUUCUGUGAUUUUUUUCUUCAUUGUAAUUGAUUUAUUUGUCUUUGUUUAUUUUUAUCUCUUUGGGUAAUUAAGUAUUAAAGAGAGAGAGAGUGUUUUAUGUUAACUUAUCGGUUGAUUGAUUGAUUGGAGAUCAAAGUUUAGAUGAAAUAAUUUGAUUGAUACCAUUUCAAGGUUUUUCUCUUCUGGUUAAUAAUAAAGUAAACGUUCAUUCAGAAAAUUGAUUAUCGCUCAAUUUUUUGUGGUGGAUUAACUAAAUGGAAAAGAAGAUUAGUUUUAGCUUCAAGAGGAAGCCUGAUACCCGAGGAUUUGUUAAGCCUAAGGAAGAGGUGAAAAAAACUACCGAAGAAUAUGUAACAAGUAUUGAAGGAAGAAGGAUUGAAAGUUUAGGAGGUGGUGGUGGUGGAGAAGGUAGUUCAUCUUCACAGUUAGUGAUUCCAUUAACAAAAGGACAAAAAAUCUCUGAUGAGCCCAAUAAUUAUGACGAUAUUCCCGUUGAAGGAUUUGGAGUUGCUAUGCUUCGUGGUAUGGGCUGGACAGAAAAUGAUGAUCAGAUAAAACCAAUUGAAACUUAUAUUCGGCCCAAAGGAGCUGGUCUAGGCUCUACACUGAGUCGUAAAUAGAUUCAUGUAAAAUGUCAAUAUCUGUGAUUCCGGUUUGUGAUCAUACUGUUGAUCUGCCAUGGGAAACGAAAAAGCCAAAACAAAUUCAUUCAUUUAUAUAAUCCAAAGGAAUUUUUUUUCUUCUACCGAUGAAUCAAUUUCAUGGAUCAAAAUGACAAUGAUCAAAUUCACUUAGAGGGGACAACAUAAGCCAAGAAUAUUAUUCACUAAAUCAAUAUUUGCUUACACCUUAAAAUCAGUUGGAUUGAUUGUAUUCCAUUAAUUUUGAUAAUAUGCUCUUCAAAACAAAGCCCAGUGACAUCUUCUUGGCUGACGACCAGAGGAGAAAAAAGAAGAAGAAAAAAAUUCUCAAUCUAUCUAACUAACAAUCUAUGUGUUGGGUAAACAAUCUUAAUCAUUAAAAAAAACCUCCAACUUCUCAUUUUAAUGAUUAUUUUGAGAGUCUUCAUCACUCUUGCUCUUCAAUCCCUAAAGAUUUAAUCAACUUGAAUACAUGGAUUCUCAAGAGUAGAAGAGACUGAGAUUUUCCUUGGUUUUUACUCUCUCUCUCUCUCUCUCUCUCAUUCUCUCUUUCCAUUUAUGGAUCAUAUUAUAAUUAAUGAAGUUUAUUCCGUUUCUGUUUCCAGAUAUAAUUUUUAAUUUAAAUGAUUUGGUUUACACAUUGAGAGAGAAAAACAAAAAAAAGGAUGCAGAGGAAAUAGAAGCCAAGAAGGAAGGAGAAAUCGAGAAAAAAAAUGGAGGAAAAAUGAGACUUGGAGAUUAAGAAAAUAAUAUUCUUCCUAAUCAAUGUCGAUUAAACAUCGAA